GUGGUUUUAAUUUGCAUUUCCCUGAUAAUUAAUGAUGUUGAGCAUUUUUUCCUAUGUUUGUUGGCAGAGCUUGGAGUUAAGUCACCUGGGGCUGCUGCCAGAAGUGAGCCCUGGGCAACUGCACAUCUUGCUCACGCUGAGUCUGUUACGCUGGACUGGACUUCCAGCCCGGCUGUCCUUCGUGGUCUCCAGUGCCUUUCCAGGACUGGGCUUGCCUGUUUCCUGCCAGCCUCCCUUUCCACAGCCAGAUCUGCCCCCAGGCUCCCCCAUCCUCCCUGGCAGGGGGCUGCCUCCCAGGCAUGAGCCACCACUCCUUGACCCUCCUACAUCCCCAACAAGGCUGCACUGGGGGCUGAGGCUGCAGAGGUUCCAGGACUCGGUCCAGAAGUCAGCUGCUGGGCUUAUCCUGGAAUGUGCAGACUGCAGUUUCAGAGGAGGAAAUAGGUGCAAAGCUCUCUUUUAUCUGAAGGAAGUCUUGCAUGAAGUGCUGCUGCAGAGAUGGCAGCUGAAGGCUCCAGCCUGGGGGCAGUCUGGCUGUGUCACCAUGCCACUGCACGAGCUUCUCGGCCCCAGCCCCACAUGUACACCUGUGCCGGCUGCCGUUGGCUGGGGCCCAGGCUUGGCAGCCCUUCUCAACCCUUUGAAACCCCCGCCGAGGAGGCAGGAAAGUCGUGAUUCGAAUAAGCUGCAGUGGGACUGGGUGAAGAAUUGUGAAUGGAAUUCAUGCUUGAGACUUCUGGUUCUCACAGCUGCGGAUGGGGGUGGGGUCGCCAUGGGAAUUCUGAGUAUUGUUCAGCUCUGACUGCAGCUUCCAUUGUUGGGCUCU